AUGGACGAGCCGCUUCAGUUCGUGCCGUUCACGUCCGAGAUAGAGCUGCCGUUCUACUCGGCGCUCUUCUCGUCCAAGCUCGACUACGACAAGCUCGACGAUUCUGCGCGCGGCAUCGUGGGCGUGUACGAGGCGCGGGAUGUGGAACCAGAUGCGAGCUGCAAGCUCCAGAUCCUCGGCAGCGCCUUGACAAACGCAGAGGAAGACCCUGAAGUUGACAUGUGCCACAGUCCCCCUCUGGGAAAAGCAAGAGCCGAAGGCAUCAUCAGGAACGUCAACACCAUCGAAGACUUCCGCAAGACCGACAAGGCCGCCAUGUUGAAGCUGGCCGGCAGGCAGAUAUGGGACGCCAUUAAAGACGGCAGCAUCUACUCUGUCCCUUCGCUCCUAUCCUCGUUUAUAAUUUUGUCGUACGCCGAUCUCAAGAAAUACAAAUUCAUAUACUGGUGCGCGUUCCCGGCGCUGCACUCGGAUGCGCAGUGGAAGCGAUCCGGGCCAAUCCAGCGGAUGACCUCAGACGAGACCACGGCACUGCUGGAUCGAGUGGGAACAUGGCGAUACAGUGUGGACAAGCGCGAGCAUGGAUUCUUCCUGGCCAAGAAGGUCUGGGGAGAGAAGCCCCAGGAUUUGCACGAGCAUGACCCGGCGCACAAGAUUCCAUACAGAUGGGAGGUGGCUUCCCUGCGACAAUUUGAAGACGGAUUCUUCGACGGCGUUGCCGAUGAGGAUCGAUUCGUUACAUUCUUGGACCCAUCAACUUUCCCAGAAGGUCCCUCGUGGCCGCUUCGCAAUCUCUUGAUCCUGAUUCGCCAUCGAUUCCGCCUGUCCAAUGUCAACAUUCUAUGUUUCAGAGAUGAAUGGUCCAGACGGCAUGAAGCUAGAAGCAUCAUUAUACCAAUCAAGAUGGACCCCGUCGAAGACAUGGAGAUUAAGGAGAUGCCCAAGGUCACAGGCUGGGAGCGGGCAAAGAACGGCAAGCUCCAGGCGCAGCUGGCCAACUUGGGCGAAUACAUGGAUCCUUCUCGGUUGGCAGAUUCAGCGGUUGAUUUGAACCUCAAGUUGAUGAAGUGGCGACUGGCCCCCGAUCUGAACCUCGACAUUAUCAAGAAUACAAAGUGCCUGCUGCUGGGCGCCGGAACGCUCGGAGGCUACGUCUCAAGGAACUUGCUGGGUUGGGGUGUCAGGAAAAUCACAUUUGUCGACUAUGGCAGCGUAUCCUUCUCAAACCCAGUUCGCCAGCCGCUCUUCGAAUAUGACGACUGCCUCAACGGUGGGAGACCAAAGGCUAUCCAAGCUGCCGAAAUGUUGAAGAGGAUAUACCCAGGCGUGGACGCCGAGGGCCACUCGCUUUCCGUACCGAUGCUCGGCCAUCCUCUGACGGAUGAAGCGCGGACAAAGGCCGAUUACGAUAUGCUAGAAGCAUUGAUUGACGCACACGACGUCGUCUUCCUGCUCAUGGACACUCGCGAAUCCCGAUGGCUGCCCACAGUAAUGGGAAAGGCCAGCGGAAAGAUUGUCAUGAAUGCCGCUCUCGGGUUUGAUUCAUACGUAGUCAUGCGACACGGCGCCGAGUCUUCAGAGGAGGGCAAGGAGUCGCUCGGCUGCUACUUUUGCAAUGAUGUCGUCGCUCCGGCUGAUUCUAUGAAAGAUCAAACCCUCGACCAGCAGUGCACCGUGACGCGGCCCGGAGUCGCCGCCAUCGCCUCAGCACUCUUGGUUGAGCUCCUGACAAGCCUUCUGCAACACCCGCUCAAGAAUGGCGCCCCAGCACCUCAACCAAGGCCAGGCGUCACUCUCGAGAGAGACCCCCCAAACCACCCUCUCGGCCUCGUACCGCAUCAGAUCCGCGGCUACGUAUCUACCUUCCAAAACAUUGUCAUUCGCGGACAAUCCUACGACAGCUGCAGCGCGUGCAGCCCCAAGAUAUUGAACGCUUUCCGCACUGACGGAUGGGAAUUCGUCAAGAAGGCUCUUCAGGAGAAGGACUACGUGGCUGAACUGUCCGGGCUUGCAGAAGUCCAGCGCAAGGCCGAGGAACUGGAGGCCCAGUUGGACUGGGAUGAGGAUGACGAGGCGGCUGACGAGGGCGAUGGAGAAUUACUUUGA